CUCAGAACGCGUAUCGUUUUGGCUGAUAUCGGUGGGCUGACUCAGAUCCUCAGGACUGGAUAGCUGGAUAGCAACUUUACUGGAUCGAGUCCAUGCGUGUUUUAUUGGGGAAUAUUUCUGCACGUCGUGAGUGAGUGAAGUAUGUGAUGGUGACGGAGCAGGAUGGAGUGCUCGUGGAAGACUCUACUGCUGCUUGUGUGCACGUCUUUGGGGGUGCAGUACACUGCCAUCCGCUCCCUCCACGACUCCUUCAGUGGCCCAUGCCAAGACUCCGCCCACUGCCAAGGACGCCAGGGUAAAGAGCAGAGAUGGAAAUCUCUAUGCGAUGACAGCCGUGUCCCUGAUGAGACUAGUGCUGCCGCCUCUCGGAAGCACAUCCUUCUGUUUGCGCAAACCCGCAGUGGAUCCUCAUUUACCGGACAACUUUUCAAUCAACAUCCUGGCAUUUUUUAUGUUUUUGAGCCCCUUUUCCACGUGCAACAGGCCUUCACCAAUUCUAGCAGUCGUAUGCAAAGGGCUUUGGAUGGCAGAGCUCUUCUGGGAGCCUACCGAGACCUCCUACUCAAUCUCUACAACUGUGACUUCAGCUUCCUGGAGAGCUACAUUCGCCCCGAACCGCAGGAUCACGUGACCGGGGCCUUUUUCCGCCGCAGCUCCAGUCACGCCUUGUGCACUCCACCUGUCUGCCAGGAAGGUGGCGAGGUGAUUCUAGCAGGCCAACCGGAUGAAGUCUGGUGCCCGAAAAAAUGCCAGGCCUUGAACCUCACACUAGCCUCUCAGGCUUGCCAAGCACGAACCCACGUGGCCAUAAAAACAGUUCGUAUCCCAGAGAUAGGCGACCUACGUACGCUGUCGGAAGACCCCCGUUUAGAUUUGCGCAUCGUCCAUUUGGUGAGAGACCCCCGAGCCAUUCUCGCCUCCCGCAUGACUGCUUUUGCUGGUAAAUUCAGGGCCUGGAAGAUCUGGAACGCCACCGGCCGCCAACCACGGUACGUGGACCUGACGCAGAUAACGAGAACCUGCAGAGAUAUUGAGUAUUCUGUGGAGACCAGCCUGCAGAAACCCACAUGGCUGAGGGGUAGGUAUCUGUUGGUGCGCUAUGAAGACUUGGCCUUGAAUCCUGAGCAAAAGGCCAAGGAGAUAUACAGAUUUCUAGGGCUGGACCUGCAUCAAAGAGUCCUCACAUGGGUUGCUCAUAACACCAAUGGCACUGUCCCAUCUUCUUCAGAGUGGAACUAUAAGUACUCCACUACAAGAGACUCGAAAGCCACAGCUCAGAGCUGGAGAGUACAUCUAAACAUUGACAUUGUUAAGACAGUUCAAUCUCUUUGUAACAGAACUCUUUCUCUACUAGGUUAUAAGCUUGUUCAGUCUGUAGAUGAACUGAGGAAUAUAACAAAAAGUUUAAUGGAGCCCAGGACAUGGUAAAGGUCAUUUUUAAGCAAAGUACUAAUUCAUGGCUUAUGUUGCAUUCAGUGGAUACACCAACAAACUACAUUUUGUUAUGGAAUUUUUCAUAUUUUUCUGUUUGUUUUGUCAACUUGCAUACCAACUGUCAAUGCCAUGUACUGUAAAUGCAACAUUAUAGAUCAUAAUUUGGUGAAAAUCUUAUUCAUUAAUAAUAAUUAGGUUUUGAUUAUGAUGCUUGGUACCUUUCCUUAAAGGAUUAGUUCAUCCAAAAAAUAAUUCUGUAAUUAUUCCCUUACUUUCAAUUCUCAGUGAUUUUUGCCCAUAAAUUUGAAGUCAAAUGUAACUAAAAUGUU